AGACUUGGGUACUGCGCAACUUUCUGCAAAAUGGCAGAUAAAGUCGAAAAGGUCAAGAAACGGAAGAGGCAUAUCGAUGACUCUUCCAAGCCAAGUAAGAGAGUCGCAAUCGAUGAGGACAAGCAGAUCAGCGUCUCCCUUCUCGAGACAGGAAAAUGGGCUCCAGUUCUAGCUUCGACGCCAGGUCUAGCUAUGCCAUCAGAGAUCAACCUCAGAGCAUAUACCAAAAUGCGCAGAAAUGCCCCUUCGAGAGUUGGGAAGAGCGGUGACAUUGCAACAAAGGAGCUCAUCCUGCACUCUUCCGACCACUCGAAACUCGACUACACGGCCCGAGAAGAAGAGGUAGGCGGCGUGGACUCGCUACUCAAACAUUAUAUUGGCGUUUACGACCCUGAGACUGGCAAGAUGGAGGUCGUCGAGGCACGAAAGAUGAUUGUACGAGGCAGUGUGAGAGCACAUCAAGCUACCAAAGAGGACGACCUAUCUAUGAAUAUGAGAGAGCGUCGAAACGAGCUUGGACAAACCUUUGGUACCAAGAAAGCACGGAAAGCCAUUGCUUCAGUCACGGAGAACGCUAUUUCACCCGACAAAUCUCUACGUAUGCUCGCCAAUGGCCAAGCACCCAAACUUGAUGGUGCUUCCGCUGCUAUCAUUGCAAGCAUGGCCAAAGCUACGAAAGGAAUGUCAACGAGAGAUGACCUAUCUAAAGCUGCCGACGAUGCGAAGCCCAGACCGAAAGCCAAUCUGGAUGCAACCGAUGUUGCGGACGUAUAUACAGUCGACAGCUUGAUUGGCGAAGAUACAAUGAUGCUCAUACCUGUAAGGCUGUGGCAGGAAGCUAUCAGGAAGAACAAAGAGAUCGUCAUUUCAUCUAGCUACGUGGCUAAUCGCAUUGGGAGAACUAAGUAUGACAACAUCGAGAAGUUGAAGAUUUUACGAUACAUGCUUCUAUUGAUCGACGUCUACAACAAUUGCACGAUCAUGAGAGGCCAAAGGAAGCUCCCAAAUCCAAGAACACUCAGAGAGGUCAUAGGCGAUAUGCCAGAGGCAGUUCUCGAAGGUGUGAAACGGAACUUCACAGAGGGAGGACUUAUGUCCAAGUACAAGAGCGACUUACUGAUCACGCAUCUGUGUGCAAUGGCAUGUCUGGUAGACAACUUUGAGGUCGAUAUGUGGGAUUUGAAGGAAGAUUUGAAGCUGGAGAUGAAGCCAAUGGCCCAGUACUUCAACGAGAUCGGUGCCAGGAAUGGAGCUUUGGGUGUUGCAGAGAAGCAAAGAUUGGGUCUGGACAAGGCAGCAGCAGCACAACGGAAGGUCGCAAAGCUAAAGCUUCCUCUGGACUUUCCGAAAGUGGGUUUUGGCAGGAGGAGAUAGGUCAACGAUCAUACAAAAAUGGAGCAAUGAUUCUUUCACUCGAAUAAUCGCAGCGAGUAGUCUACUAAUCAACACUUACCGUGAAGCUAGAAAUGGACUUUCCUACAAUUGAACUCGGAUCCCGGAGUCGUUGGAAAAUCCCUAGUGACCGACGACUAAACCUCCAUCCAACUCCAACGUCGUCAGAAACCAAGAAGUCUAUUUUCGGAGUUCGGAAACGGUGCGAGCGACAAAUAACCUAGAAGGUUGAGGCCCACAAGAAGGCAAAUUUCAUCUUGAAAUUAUU